AUUCAUAACUCGCUUCCUGCCAUUGAAAUGUAACGGGUUAUUUGUGAGAAAAGAGAUAAUAAUGCAAACAUCUCCGCGAUCGAGUCCCCGCGAAAGGGGUUCAAGAUCACCUGCUUAUCCGCGACAAGAUUCUACGGGAACUCUGAAAGCUACGAUUAGCCUGAUUCCUGGAAAAAACCCGUCUGUAACACAAACGGGCACCUUCUAUCUUAUGAGAGACACACCGGAGCCGGCAGACAUUACAGGCAGUAACAACCUGCUAGCACGAUACGGGCUGGAACAUUCCUACAACAAAUUCUUUGGUAAGAAGGUCAAAGAGGAACUGAGUGCUUUUCUACCUCACCUUCCUGGUAACAUUGACACCCCUGGUCAUCAAGAUAACAGCUCUCUCCGAUCUCUAAUCGAGAAGGCACCCAUUCUUGGGAAAGAAUUGAUUCCCUUGUCAGGUCCUGCACUUUCGGGUUUCCGUCUGCAUCCAGGACCUUUGCCUGAACAGUAUCAGAUGAUGGCCCAAAUGCCUCAUAAAAAGAAGAAGCACAAGAAGCGAUCACGGGAAGUGGAGAAAACUAAUGCUGUACCUGUUGCCCAAGCACCUGAUAAUGCUGGAGAUAAUGAGGCCAAGAAACCCAAAAAAGGAAAGAAAGAAGAGGAGCCCAAAGAAAAACGCAAGAAGAAGAAGGAAAAAAAGAAGAAAAAGCAGAAGCACAGCCCUGACCAGCCUACUCCACACACAAAUAUAGACACAGGCUCUUGAGGACUGCCAAACCUAUGCACAAAUGUUGACACAGGCUCUUGAGGACUGCUAACCCCACGCACAAAUGCUGACACAGGCUUCUGAGAACCACCAAACCCUCACAGAAAUGUUGAUAACAGGGUCUUGCUGGGGACUACCACUAUAGUCAGAAAGAUGAAGCCAUGCUGGGAAGGUACCCAUGGCAUGGGGUUGAAGACAAGCAAAGAAAAGGGAAAGAAUCACUUUGUAGCAGUUGUCAGAAGUGCUGCCAGUCCAGAUUGUUACUAGAAGACUUGUAGCUGAAAGACUUUAUAACAAUCAGCAGAUAGAAAUAAAGUGUUGGAUGGUGUUGUGAAGCUAAAUUACAGGACUGUCACUUCGUCAACAGCAAUAGCUCUCUCCUUGUACCUUAAACUUUAUAAGUGACAGGAGGCUAUAAACACCCUUUCCACACUGCGGCAGAUUUAAACAAGCUGUCACCUAACCUCUCGAUGGUAUAGUUGUAGCUGUUUUCAACAAAGACUUAUGGUAUAUGUCACACAAUGUAUGCUUGUCUUGUCACAUUGCAAGCCCACACAAAAAAAAAAGACUGCAAAGUGUCGGCAGGCAUUGUCAUUGACUGAUGGGGACCAUGUUGCCACAACUAACUUAUUUGUCUGUGUACUUGGGGUCAUGUAACCAUGUUGCAGCAGUUUAUCAGCAGGCUGUUAAGUGACAUGACAUUUGUUGUUGAUGUUGAUUGUGUGUGAGAAAUUUGUUUUAACUUCCUGUUUUUUAUUGUUUGAAUGAGUGUGUGUUAUCCUAUGCAUCACAAGAUCAUUGGCCCUACUUGGCAUAAGGAAAACCCAGCUUAGGUGUUUUUGCUACUUAGACGUAUUGAAGUCUGCAGAGCACAGGUUACACAACCAUUCCAGAGUGCUAUGCUGGACUAUACACAUUUUUUAUAAUCAUAAAAUCACACUUUCUUAAAUGAUGGGAUAUGGGAGAUGACUAAAUUAAAUGCUAGAAAAAGAAAAAGAAAUGACAGUAUAAGGUAAAUAGAGAGAGGAAUUAUUAGAAAUACAACA